AUGGCCGUUGUACUCGUAAGAGAUAAGCUGCGGAAGAGAGUAGAAGAUGAUAUGCUGAGUGAUUACGAUCAAAACCGGAAAGCGAAUGGUGCAUCGAAAGAUCUCGAUUCUGAAUCGGUAAUAACUCAUGAUGUUAUAAAUUGAAGUUGGCGUGCACCUUUCCAUGAUAGCGCAGUUUUUCAAUAACUAGAAAGUGUUUUUUGCAGGAAGAGGAGUCCGACGAUUCGGCCUUUGGAUCGGGAUGUGAUGAAUAUAGGAAGAAGAAAACAUCAAAGCUCAAGAAACCGUGCAAAAACGGUUCCGCUGGGACCCUAGAUGUGCAAAGUGAAGCGCUUCUGAGCAGUCCAUUAGCAGAAGUACAGGCUCUCGAAGUUUCUGCCGAGACUUCAAGAGAAUGGAAUGAGAAUGGAGUUUGCUAUAAUCUCGGUAUGUUUUCUUCACGUUGAUUUUGCAAUGCAUCCAGUAGACCAACGCCUUCAUCGGAAUAGUCCGUCACGGGAACGGGGACGGGGAGAAAGAGAGAGGAGAUGGUGAUGUAAUACAAUCAUUUAUCAAAAUGUCGGAAAUUAUCAGAGAUCCGUCAAUCUGUGCUUCUCUUUGAAAAAUGGUUUGAAAAGGAAGCCAACCGAGCGGGCAAUAACGUGCAUGUCAUUAUAUUUCAGCUAAGAGAAUUGAUUCUCUCCAUACCCAUUCUAUUUUUUUGUUUUUCAAGGACAGUUUACACAGGAUGCACACAUUCCCUUCGUUUUCCGUCAAAUUGGUCUUUUAUUCUGUCACACUUUAUAAUUGUGCAUGAACAGAAGAUUUUAGAGACCAGCCACGACAAAAUGUUUGAGCUGCCAGAACUGAAGACCCGUCAGAUUGAUCCUAAGCUGCUUCAAUUUCCUCAAGUCGCGGAAGAGGAGGUCGGAACCUUCAAACACCCAACACAUGCUCGCUUUGAGGCCUUCAGCAAACACCACGGAUGGAUGUUCAAGCAACACAUCGUCGAUCAGGCUCCAAACAUCCCUUUCCGUCAAAUUGGUCAGUGAUAACAACCAAAAAACAAAAAAAACAAUAUGAAUGUUUUCGUAGUUCUUCACAAAUUUUCCUUAGUUCCAAUGGCUUCAGAAUUUUAGUUAGAAAGCAGACUGUAUGAUUUCUAGAAAUCAUAGUUUUACAAACAUCAGUACGAUGCGUUAAUUUUUCAGAAAUCAACGGUUAUGCGACCAGUUGGAUCCGUGCACGUCUGAGGGGAGUAAAACCGGUUGACCCAGUGACCAAGCGCAUCCUCGCCAUGUACAACCACAUCACCGCAAACUUGACAGAACAAACAUGCCGCGAAAUCACUUUGAUCACCCGCUUCCGCAAUAAGCCAGGUCUUUUGACCUACAUGGAGAUUCACCUCUCCUACAGAUACGAUACAUGCUAUGAUUCACUCAAGGAAACUUCCCGUGGUUCUUAUAAGCCAGUUAUUCGAAGUCCUUGA